GUGACUUACUCCCACGUCUGGUAUAAAGUUAGAAUCAGAAAGAAAAAGACAGACAACUAAAAGACAAUAAAGAUGCCAGGAUUCGUUUCAAUAACUUCUGCUGUGUCUGAAACAAAGUGUGAGACAAACAGAAGAAGUAAGUCACUGUGUGUCAUGUCUUUUGCCCUGUCUGUUGCCCAUCUUCUGGCAUAAACAGUGUGCGUGGGGCAGCACGAAUCCUGCCCCAAUGACCUCAAUCAGCACUUAAUGCGCUUCCCAUAGUAACGACUGCAAUACAAAUCUGAAGCUAAAAGUAGAGGUACAUGUUUUACUGUCACAACAAACAUGUAAUAACAAGGUUUUUAUUGUAAAAAAAACCCCAAAAAAAACAAAAACACAUACAGCUUGUUUACUGUAGCUAUGACAUGCUUUGCUGGAUCAGGGACAUGUCUUGGCUCAACGUGUUUCUCGUUAAAACAAUUAAUAGAUAUUUUAUUUGGGGUUCAUAUUGAGAAUUCAUACUUUUUUGCUAAACUUUUGUCAGGUCUGUCAGGUGCAUUUAUAAAUCCAGACUUUGUGCAUGGAUCAGAUUUAUGGAUGUAGCUUGUUGUUAUCCUUGAACGGAUUAUGAAUCCUUCAUCACAAAACCUUCAGAAAUAAAUGCCUUUCGCUUCUGUUAAGCAUUUUGUAUGGGCACAUUAUGGUCACGUGACCAAGACGUCAGUCGCUCAGGAAGGAGCCGUCAAGAGGAUUUUUUUCCCCUGCAGGAAAAUAACACGGGAAAAAAAAGGCAAAUUGCGCAGUGAUUAGGGGGUUAAGAGAGGGCAUCAUGGACGUGUCCGGACACAGUCUUUUCCUCCUGCAGCAGCUCAAUGUCCAAAGGGAGUUUGGUUUCCUGUGUGACUGCACAGUUGCCAUUGGCAACGUGUACUUCAAGGCCCAUCGAGCAGUACUGGCUGCUUUCUCCAACUACUUCAAGAUGAUCUUCAUCCACCAAUCCAGCGAGUGCAUUAAGAUCCAGCCAACUGACAUCCAGCCAGAUGUCUUCAGCUACCUGUUGCACAUAAUGUACACAGGUAACGGCCCCAAGCAGCCUGUGGAUCAGGGUCGGUUACAGGACGGGAUCAAGUUCCUUCACGCGUACCAGCUGUGCCACAAAGCAACCGACGGCGGAUCAGACGCUUGCUCAGACCCCAUCCGCAUCUCCAACUUGUACGGCAUUCAGAUCUCCUCGCAGCUGGGCACUAAAGAGUCCCCGGGCAUGAAGGCUAGCGGCGCACGUGAACCCGAGGACAGGCAUUGUGGCUCACGUGGACAUCAGCUGCCAGCUUUAUCAGGGAUCGAAGGGCACACAACGGAACGCCAGUCCCUCAGCCUGCACGCUAUUACCUCAGGGGACGAAUGUGACAUCUUGGCACGGAUCAAACAGGAAGAGGAGGAGCCGGAUGAAGGUGAGGUACCACGAGCGCCUGCGUCUCUGCCUUCGACCCAAGGCAGCCCUUGCCAGACUGGUGAUUUUAAGGACCCUCUGGCGCUGCUGUGUCCUCAAUGUGGAGAACGAUGCCUCUCUCCUGAGGGACUACAGGAACAUCUUUUCACCCACGCUGCAUGCGCCCUCAUGGAAGGACCUUCAGAAGACAGCAGGGGGGAUGUUAAAGGGCCCACAGAAGAUCGACACUGCCACGCACUAGCAGACGAGUUGGCGUUAGAGAUAAGGCGUGGUACAACAGGCACAGGAAGUCCACCUGCAGGCUUUACACGUAAAAGAAAGAUGGCAUGCGCAGUCUGUAACUUGCGCUUUUCACAGAAGAGCCAGCUGCAGGAGCACAUGUUUGCUCACGUGGGCAAGCCGCUACGCCAACAUCGUUACGGCCGCUUCGGUGGACCACUGAUUCAUCCCUGCGAGGGAACAUCAGAACUCGAGGAAGUUGCUCAGGAUAAUGGCAGCUCGUGCUACUCACUGGACUCGGAAGUCUCUCACGAGAGCAUAGAUGCCGUGGCAGUCGAAUGACACCUUCUAUAACAUAAUGGACAUGUUCCCUGCGUUCCUCUACAUUUUUAACACACCCUUGUAAAUUUCCAAUUUUCGACAUAAUUAAGUAACAACUACAUUCCAACAGGGAAAUUUUUUCUCCUCCCUGGAGUGACAUCCUCCCUGGAGUGACAUCGGUAAUAAGUCAGUUAGCUUAGCUAGCAUGCUAAUUAACUAGCUAGCUUGUUAACUAGAAGGUAGAUUUAUAUAUAGAUGGACUUUUUCAAUUGUGUUCCUCAUCCAACUAAAAUCAAAAUCUCCUCUGACUGAAAGGAUUGUUCUGAUUAAUCUUCACUGCUAGCUUUAGCUAGCUAGCACACACAAGACAGGACUUUUAAAUAAGAUUUUUAUCCAUAAAUAUUUAUACUAAAAUUGAAAACUAGCUACAGGUUAGCUAAUAUGAGACGACCUGACAAAGAUUCUGAGAGGAACUCCGGCCGUCUCACUAAAACGAGUUCACCUGACAGGAUUUCGUACAGAAAAUUUUAAAGCUUAUUUAUAUAAAUGUUGAACUUCUGCUUAGGAAGUAAGUCAUAUUCUCAACCUUUCCUACAGGCACUAUCUAGCUAGCUAAAACGAUCUAAUCUGACUGGAUUUCUGAGAGAAUUUCUAUGUAAUAUUUAUAAUUUUUCACAUUUCCAGAAUAAAAAGAUAAAAAAAAUCUUUCUAAUCUUCAUAGUGACUUGACUUCAUAGAAACUAUGACGUUUCUAAUUCUAUUCUAAUUGUAAUUUUCUCUGCUAAUUUUAGGCAGCUAGCUAACAUGUGUUGAUCGGAUCUAAUUCCUAUUAAUACAUUUGAAAAUAUCCAAAAAUAUCCUGUAAAAAAAUACAUGCAAUAUUUUUUUUAUAUAAAGAAACACACCGAUUAAGAGAUGAUUAGUUCAGAGGAAGUGGAAAGGGGUGUGUUUAAAAUGUCUCUGUAAUGCAGGAGGAUGGAAGAUGUUUGACCUCAGACUUCAUGUCCUGUCUCCUGUGUAAUAAUCAGUGGGUCUUUUCUCUUGUGUUGAUGGCUUUAGUGUUGGUGUGUGUUACAUUGUGGUUUGUAGAUUAGUAAUCUGGAAUUAUCAGACGUCCUAACGUUUAACAUAGUUCCACAUUUUAACAUCUUGCGUUGCUCUUGUUUUAGCCGGUGCUCUCGAUCUCCUGAAUAUCCCGAUGCUAAGUCUUUACUUACUGUCACGUUCUGUUUCAGUUCAUUACAGCAGAAUCAAAUGUUUUAACUCAUUGGCUUUUUAUACCUGGUCACUUCAUGCGCUUUCUGUGAUCAGAUAUCUACCCGAUGGUAAAAAGACCAGGUCUAAAUGCCCUCCGAAACGUUUUGGAGACGGAUAAAAAUCCGAUGGUACAAACCCCUUCA